CCGCCGCCCGCCCCGGGCCCGCUGCUGCCCCGAGCCGAGCCAGAGGGGCUGCUGAAGGGCAAACCCGCGUUAUUCACGCCGCCUCUUGUUUCUUUUCCCUGACUUGCCUGGCCAGGUACGAAGAAGCUACCAACGAGCUCAUUAACGAGGAGCUGGGCAUUGCGUACCCCAUCAUCGACGGCAUCCCGAACAUGAUCCCAGAGGCGGCCAGGACGACUCAGAAGCAGCCCCCAGCCGCGGGCUCGAAGGAGCCCUGAGGACCCCCCGCAGCCGCAGCAGGGAGGGCUGGCCGGCGGAGGCAUGCUCCCCUCCCUGCCCACGCUGACCGUCCUUGUUCCCCUCCUGUCCCUAGCAGGCUUGUUCUACUCAGCCAGCGUAGAUGACACCUUCCCCCAGGGCUGCACCAGCGCAAACAGCUUGUGUUUCUACAGUCUCCUCCUUCCCGUUACAAUACCGGUGUAUGUAUUCUUCCACCUGUGGACCUGGAUGGGGAUUAAGCUCUUUAGGCACAACUAGUGCGACGCGUUUGCUAACCCCUGGGCUUCUCUAAAGCAACACAGUUUAUUUAAUCUCACAAGGUGUUGCAGUUGAUUUGAAAGGGUUCCCUUCUGGCACUAGCGACUAUCGUUGUUUUCCUUGUAAUAUCUGGAACUGUAUGAAGCCCUCUGCAGCAGCCUAUUACUUAAUUACUGCUAAGGCAGAUAAAGAGGAGGAAUAAGAAGAAACACUAAUUCCUUCCGGUGUUGUGCGUUUGUAGUGGCACUAAUGAAAAUCUUCUAGCUGGUGGUCGUUUGUAUGAGGAAGAGCUAUACCCUGACUGAAACAACUGAUCUUAAGUAAUAAGCAGUGACAAUGUGCAGCGAUACAAAUCUCUCUUUGAAUUACGAGCUUUGGUUUCAUUUUGAACUGAUGUGUGUAUUGAAAUGUAUUUGUCUCGCUGUCAGAAGAACAUACAAUAAAUUAGGCUGAUGUUUAGUAACAAAACUUGAGUUAAAUGAAGAAAUUUACUUGGAUGAUACCCAUGUCUGCAUGUCCAGUAGCUGCUUGCCUUUUUUUUUUUUUUUUUUUUUUUUUUUAAGAAAAAGAUAGGGGAAAUGACAGCGCUGCAGAAGAGAUGUACUUGUGCAUUUGGAGGUUUUGUUGAGUGGCCUACAACACAUUACAGUGCCUGCUUAGGAGAUGUAUGUCCCUGUACUACCUGUUAAGUGUGUUUGAGUGCCCAAGUUUGAUAGCCAGGCUGGGUCAUCUUCAUUCAAGAGGCAUCUCCUGACACGUUAGAGGAAAAAUAACUUCAACAGAGCCCAGAAUUUGGUAAUCAAUUUGGUAGCCGGGAUUUGGAAGCCAGUGCUUUGACCUUCCCUGUUUUCAUUUACAGCAACGCUAGAGGACAGAGUGACAGACCACUGCGAGGGUGUCACGUGUAAAGUUCUCGGUGCUGUCUAACAAAACAUCUUUAACGGGACACAGCUAUGAAGGGGAUCGGUUAAUGCUAUGAUAAUCUAUACAAGCGUUUCUUUUUUUUUUUUUUUUAUGUUUUGUUACCGGGUGGUUUAUAUCUGCCACAAAGACACACGAAUGUCCUUUACACCUGCCAAAAAAUUUGGAAAUGCAGCACUGAGUUGUGAAUACUGCAGACCGCAGUGUCUCUUGGUGGGGUACUAGUAAUGCAGUCAGACUGAUCGGGCUGCUCCUGGGUAAAUGAUGCUGUGGUGCACAGUGUGAAAGGCAGUGCCCACCAGAGGUGUGUUUUGAGGGCUGAGUAGCCAAGUGCAGCUGUUUGUUAGGGCUCCUUGUACACUCAGGUGCAGAGAGACUCUAGACCCAGAGGACAGUAUAGAGCACAAGCCUUAUUGCCUCUGUAAAUAAAGGCCUCUUCCAGCUGACAUAGUGAGGAAGGGGGAGGGGAAGGUAGCUCUAGGAGCUGUUGUGAAUCUCCUCCUAAGCAAAGAGGAAGGAAAAAGCUUUGACAGCUCUGGGUGGCAAGAAGGCUGACUUGGGAAGAACCAGAUCUGGGUAACAUGGCACUGAGGGCGAUAGCUCGGGCUAUGCAGGCAUGGUGCCAGGCUCUGGCAGCCGUGGUGUUAGUGACUGAUACGGCACGUGGUCCCUGAGCUGAGCUCCACUCUGGCCGGGUGCCCGGUUCCCAUGUUGGCCAUCUAGCGACUUUUUGCAGGACAGGGCUAGCAUUGCAAUACCUGAAGAAAAUGCGGCUGCCAGAACCUUUGGGAUUGUGUGGAAAUCACAGACUGAAGCCACAGGGAGGCAGCAGCAUUAUAAUCAGCUUUUCAUCUCUCUUGCUGGCACUAUCCUUCCUUGCCCUUCUUUCCAUGAGAGAAAGGGCUUUUGUGGCUGUGUCGCUUGCUGGCUUCUCAUGCUGGCUCCCCAGCCACCCUUCC